AUGUUGAUCACAGGAAUCGCUCACGUAAAUCUUACGGUGCUACCCGGCACUCUUCACUUGGCCAAGAAGUUCUACGACGAAGUGUUGGGAUUCACCUCGGUUCCAGUACCGGUCUUGCAGAAAGAUCAUCUUGCUUGGUUUGACAUUACUCCCCAAGGCCAACAGAUUCACAUCUCGGACUCCGCAUCUCCUUCGGAGCCAAAAUCUUCUCGUCAUCCAUGUUUCAGAGUCGCGAGUCCAGAGGCUUUGGUAGAAUUGCAGAAGAGAAUCUGGGCGUUCUAUGAGAGUGAGGAGGCUGGAGAGGCGAGACCGAGAGAGGCUGAUAAGCCUGGUGAGAUUGAUAGUGGAGCGAAAGGAGUGGAAUAUCCUAUUAGAUUCUUUGCUAGGGAUUUUGCCGGAAAUAGACUGGAAUUUAGUUCGUAA